AUGAUUGAUGUGAAAGGUGAUGGAAAUUGUUUGUUUCGUUGUGUAGCUCUAGCACUUCAAGGCACAUAGAACACUCAUUAAGAAUUCAGACAAAUGUGUGCCAAUGUUAUUUAAGAGAAUUAACCUAUAUUCAAAGAGAAAAUCCAUUAAGGAAUGCUUAAAUAAUAUGAUUCAUCAAAAGAAGUCUUUGAAUAAUAUAUUGAAUAAGUAUAAAAUGGUUAGAUUAUGGGUGGAUUAAUUGAAUUAUAGGCACUCUCUUUGGGAUUAAAUGUCUAAUUCAAUGUUGAAGGAAUUGGUAAUAAAUUGUUAGAUAUUGGAUUGUCUCAUAAUCCAAAAAAAGAAAUAUAAUUAUGUAGAAUCAAGAAUGAUAAAUACAAAGAUGGUCAUUAUAUGUUUAAGAAAAUACAUAAAAUCAAAAGAAAAAAAUGAGU